AUGGCUAAUCCGCAGCCCAAGAGCAGCCCCCGCCUGUGGACCUGGGCCGUCAUCAUACUAGGCGCGGCGGUGUUCUACCGGCAGUACGUUCAUGAGAUGGUGACCCUCAUCUUGGGAACCAAUCGCGUCAUCCAGCCUAUUAAGACUUCCCAUGGGACUGUUGUCGCCUUCCUCGAUUCUCGCAUGCAAUGGCUACCUAGCGCCGAUCAUUUGAAUUUCUCUGGGAAACCCGAGAAAGACCACAUUGUCGUCCUCGAUAUCGACGAGCCUGGAGCAGACGGUCUAUACGGGUGGGAACAAGCUGCGAUUUUGGCUCAUCAAUCACCACCCCCACGUGGACUUUGCUACAGGCGAGAGAUCCUGGAUCCGGUGGCGUUGGGGGCCAAUUCGACCGUCGAAGUGUUUGACCUCGCCGCCAAGUCCAACACCCUGUCUCACGUGAAAAUAAUCGCCAGCGACGCGUCAAAUACCCCCAACAACCUGGCAGUGGAUGCGGACGGGAAUGGCUUUUUUGUCACGAACGAUCAUACCGACAAAGUCGCAGGUCUUGUGCGCGAGCUGCGGGGGUUGAUCGGCUCCGGCAGCCUCGCGUACUGUCAGACUGACACGGGCGAAUGCCGCAUUGCGACCGACGAAAAAUGCUAUUUGCCCAAUGGCCUUGUCCGGGGUCAUGAUGGGCGUUACUAUGUCGUGCAUUCGAUGACGGCCGUGAUCUCCGUCCAUGAGUAUGUGGACGACGAGCUGACCCGGGUGGAUGAGAUUCCGUUGGGUGUUCCCGUGGAUAACCUUUCAGUGGAUCACGAUGGGAACAUCAUCGCCGCUGCGGUUCCGGACGUACUGAGGUUUGUGAGGGUUGUCAACAACCCUUACGAUAACCAAGCGCCCGCUGCAGUUCUAUCUAUCCAGCGAAAAGACUCGGGCUAUGAGGUGGUGAAAUGA